GCCACACCUUCUAAAACUCGACCCGUUUCCAACUUUUGCCUCAAAGCUCAAAUGAAAACCUCUGGGAAAGAUAGCAAUUCACUAUUUUUGCUCAUGAAUUAAUAUUUUUUCUACUCGAACAGAAACAGGUUAAUAGUCGCGUGGGUCAAGAUGUCGUGAAGUACCUCGUAAAGUUUCUUUACCUCAAUAUUCUCAAGGAGGGUCAGACAGUAUGGCUGAUGGUGAGGAGGCCAUGAGCCAGGAGGACUGGAAGGAGAAGUGUAUGGUUCUAGAGGCUCUGCUUAUGAAGUUCAGGAUGCAGAUAAUAAAGAUUCGAGAACUCACUGCUGAUAAGAUUCAACAGUUGGAGACGCAGGUGAUCGAUGCAGAGAAGCGAGCGUUCACCGCUCACCAGCAGGUGCAGUGGAUGGAGGAGAAGCUCAAAGCUCCAGACGGUCCGUCCGGAGACGCCGAGGUGCGUUUGUUUCAACUGUGUCAGGAGCUGCAAGCCUUGGUGCAGGAGAAGGAGGAGGCCAUCGCUCAGCUAGAGCAACAGCUGGAAGAGCAGAAACAGAACCGGCUGCAAGAUGCCAAAACAGUGGAGGAGAAAGCAGCGAAGAUCAAGGAAUGGGUGAUGCUUAAGUUGUCAGAGUUUGAGGUGGAGAACGCUGCACUGAGAGAUACCAACAAGCAACAGGAGGCUCGGAUUCUGGAGCUGCAGAAACAAGUUCAGGCCUUUGAACAGAAGUGUGGCGGCGGCCGUCCAGGUGAGGCCCAGCGUCUUAGCAGCCUGACGUUUGGCUGCUUCCAGGUGAGAGGCAAGUCCCCCCAAGUCCUCACAGGUCCAGCUCCCUCCCAGAGGACACUGAGCAGCCAGCAAGAGACAGAGGCCAGCGACGAAAUGGAGAAGGACGAUAAGCAGGCGACUUCUUCAGGGAUGAACAGUGACGUCCAAAGACCAGACCUGUCCACACAUUUGUGCUCUUCUCUGGAAAAGGACCAGAAUGCACCAGAGAGCUUUAGAGAAAAUGUAUGUGGAUCUGUGUCUCGGGGCAUCUCUAGUACGGCGUCAGAGGGGGAGGCAGGGCCAGGUUGUGAUGGCAGAGGCCAAGCGUGUGGUCUGGAGUUCAAUCGGCCCGGAAGUGAGGCCUACCUGACCGCCUCAGAUGACAGCAGCUCUCUGUUUGACGAUGACAUGCAGCGGGCAGAGCGGCCCAGUUUCAACUUGCUGGGCUCAUCCGAUGCGAUUGGAGAGCGUAAGCAAGUGGACGAGGAAGAGGAGGCUCACAGGGCCAAGCUGGAGGACUGUACCUCUGAGGACCUCAACAAAAGAUUCCAAUCACAAAGACUCGACUCCUCGUCAUCUUCCAGUGAGCCCAACACCCCCAGCCCCAUCCUCACGCCAGCCAUUACACCUAAACGCCCCAAGCCACCGCAGGACGCAAAGGACAACCCUGGUUCCCCCAAACAGCCGCGCCUGCGAACCCCAGUGGGGUUUGGGUUGACGAAUGUGUCUCUGGCCAAGAAACACCUGAGUCAGCCACCAGUCAGUAGCGAGGCAGCACAUGGACAGACACGUAACGCCCUCAGCAUGUUGCGCCCUCUACGGCCACAAGAGACAGACCUCGACCAGGAACAGGAGCAGGAAGUCUUCCCCAGCGCUAAGGCUACACCCACCAUGCCAUCCUGGGAACCGUCACCUGGCAAAGACAAGACUCCAGAGAAGUUGUGUGAUAGUUCGGCGCCUGGCAGCAAACCUCCAACACCCCCUUUACACAGGCUGCCAUCCUGGGAGAGCCGCAUCUACGCUGUGGCCAAAUCAGGAAUAAGACUGUCUGAGACGUCCUGCACGGACUCUGCAAACAAAGACCUAUCUCUGCAGUCCUAUCCUGCCUUUGUGAUGUACACAUCUCUCAUUUAUAAAAACAUGACCACCCCAGUUUACACUACUCUGAAGGGGAAAGCCACUUUGCUCAGUAGCAGUUCGUUCUCAGAUCAAUCCUCCAGCUCUGAGGAGUCGUCUAGUUCAGACGAGGACGACGGCUCCUUCUGCAGCUCUCACACGUCUUCCAGCUCCCACAAGAACGGCAGCUCUGGCAGCCCACGCUCUCUUAAGAGAGCUGUGUCCAUGUCCUCAGUGACAUCAGAGAGCGACUAUGCCAUCCCCCCUGACGCCUACUCCACUGACACAGAAUGCUCUGAACCCGAACAGAAGCUUCCCAAGACCUGCUCCUCACUCAGUGUCAACGGCAAAAGUGAGCCAAUGGAAAAAUCGGGUUAUCUGUUGAAAAUGGUGAAGACCUGGAAGAAAACCUGGAAAAGACGCUGGUUUGUCCUCAAAGACGGAGAGCUGCUGUACUAUAAGUCACCUAGCGAUGUGAUCAGAAAACCUCAGGGUCAGAUAGGGGUCAACGCCACAAGCAGCAUCACCCGCGGAGAUGGAAAACAAGUGCUCCAGAUAGUGACAGGGAAGCGUGUGUACUACCUGAAGGCCGACUCUCCCAACCUGCUGGAGGAGUGGCUCAGGGUGCUGCAGAGCGUGCUGAGGGUUAAAGCUGCCAGCCCUCUCUUCACUCAGCCUGAUAUCCGUCCUGGUAUGAAGGGGCUCCUCAUCAAGGUGAAGCAUGGCUACUCUAAGCGGGUGUGGUGUGCUCUGAUCGGUAAAACGCUGUACUAUUUCCGCAGCCAGGAAGACAAGUUCCCUCUAGGUCAGAUUAAACUGUGGGAGGCCAGGGUGGAGGAGGUGGACAGGUCCCAGGAUUCUGACGAUCUAAAGGCCUGUGGCCGGGGCUUACAGGAAGCACCUUUCACCAUUGCCAUCCACCCACAGGAGCAAGGGCCGACUUACCUGCUAAUUGAAUCGUGCCAUGAAAAGGAGUCUUGGCUGUAUCACCUGUCUGUGGCAGCAGGCACCACUGUGGAUAAAGUGGGUACUGAGUUUGAACAACUGGUGGGAACACUUUUCCAACUGGAUGGAGAUUCAAACUGUCAGGUCUGGAGACAUCCCAUGUUGUGUUUCAGUAAAGAGGCUCUGUUAUCUCCUCUCACCACCUUGCCCUCACAAGCCCUGCAGACCGAGGCUGUAAAACUGUUUAAGACCUGUCAGCUGUUUAUCAACGUUGGCAUCGAUGCCCCGGCCAUCGACUACCAUGUCUCCCUGGCCCAGAGCGCCCUGCAGGUGUGCCUGGCCCACCCAGAGCUGCAGAAUGAACUGUUUUGCCAGCUGAUCAAGCAGACCCGCAGGAGGCAGCCCCACGGCCAUCCAGGGCCACUGCAGGGCUGGCAGUUUCUGGCCUUGUGUGUUGGGCUGUUUCUGCCUCAGCAUCCCUUCCUCUGGCUGCUUCAAGUCCACCUGAAAAGACAUGCAGACUCCAGGACUGAAGUGGGUAAGUAUGCCAUCUACUGCCAGCGCUCCAUGGAGCGUACGCAGCAGAAGGGUGAGCGGCAGGCCAGGCCGUCACGGAUGGAGAUCCUGUCUAUACUUCUGAGGAAUCCAUAUCACCACUCGCUGCCCUUCAGCGUCCCUGUUCACUUCCUCAACAACACCUACCAGGUGGUGAGUUUUGAUGCGUCCACCACUGUGGAUGAGUUCCAGUGUCGCCUUAAUCAGGACACAGGCAUGAGGAAGACUGGCCUGUCUGGCUUCAGCUUGUACUCUGAUGACCCCACAGGACGAGAGCUGGAACACUGUCUGCAGGGAGGAAUCAAGAUUUGUGACAUUAUCUCCAAGUGGGAGCAGGCCUGUAAGGAGCAGCACACUGGCAAGUGUGAAAAUACCAGGACUGUACGUCUCACCUACAAAAGCAGGCUGUACUUCUCUCUGCAGGUGAGAGGAGAGUCAGAGAGAGAGAGGAUGCUGCUGGCUUAUCAAACCAAUGAAGCCAUAGUGGCAGGACAUUUUCCUGUAAACAAGGAACUGGCUCUGGAAAUGGCUGCCCUGCUGGCCCAGGUGGAAUUUGGGGAUUUCGAGCGUCCCUUCUCUGCUCCUGGCUCAGCACAGACCAAGUCUAACCAAACCCUGAAGCAGGUUCUGGACAGAUUCUACCCAAAACACUAUCGCAGAACCACAUCAGAGGAACAGCUCAGGCAACUGCUCCAGCGUCUCUCUGCCCGCUGGGCUUCACUCAGAGGUCGAAGUUCACCCGAGUGUGUCAGGAUCUACCUGACUGUUGCCAGGAAGUGGCCUUUCUUUGGUGCCAAAUUAUUUGAAGCUGAAUCCAUUACUCCCUCUCCAGAGCAGGGCGUGCGUGUUUGGCUGGCAGUACAUGAAGACGGCAUCAGUUUUCUGGAACACAAUUCAAUUAAACCUCUGGUGUCCCAGCCAUACAAGAACCUGAUAACAUUUGGAGGCUGUAAAGAGGACUUCAUGCUUGUGGUUGGCACCAACACGGGCAAAGACAAACCUACAGAAAAACACCUGUUCGCCAUGGAUGCGUCUAAGAUCAGGGAAAUCACCCUCCUCGUCUCCAGCUACAUCAACAGCGCUCACCAGCAGAAGGCCGCCGCCCACCACCUCUCUGCCCCAGCUCUGAUGGUGGCGCAGCCCGUCAGCCUGAAGAGCAAGGAGCUGAGGAGCAAAUCCCCGCCGGCACAGGGACGUCCCAGCAAGGCUCCCACGCUCCUGUGAGGACACGUUGUGGCCCAGUGUAACGUGUGGUAUGCACGGUCACCCCUGUGUCUGGUAGCGCACCACCCAGACAAGACUGGUCUCCCUUUUAAAGGUAAUUAUUUAAAAGGGCAUUUUGAAUCGCUACAAGCCCCAAUAACCGUACCAGGAAUUAAAACCCGCCCAGUGUUAGGUGUUAUUGAAUAAUAAUGGUGAAUACUGAACAAUGUGAUGAAAAUGUGAUGCAACAACAGGUAACCAGACUGCAACGCCUCAAAAAUAGCAGGAACCAAAGCAAACAUCUGAGCUGUACAGAAUGUUCCCCCGUUUGCAGCGUAAUAGAGCGGUAAAGUGUAGAAUCCAGUAUUGAAGAAAAACAGUGUGCCCUCAGUUACUGAAUAGCCACGAGGGCUGUGAAACUUUAAUCACGUACAAAUACUGAGAGCCGCUCUGGUAGAAGGAGUGACCGCCCUGCCAGAAUAUCAUUGCAGCAAGAAGGGAAAUAAAAGCCUGCAAUCAUGUAGAGCGUGCUCAUUUAAAGGAAGGUGGUAAAAGAAUAUGAGAGAAAAGGGAACGUAUGAAAGUGGAUGUUCCCUGUUCUGAAACAGAACGGUAUUUUAAUAAAGUAACUGGAAAUGCAGGGUACUACUAAAAUCUGCCUCCUAGUAUUACCUUGGUCCUGCAUAGACUUGUCAGGUGUUAUAUUUAUUUAUCAUAUGAAGCACUGUAUUUAAAUAUCUAAUUAUUGGGGUGAAUAAAUUUAACAACAGCAGUUUCAAAUUAUGUCUCAUUGCUUCAUUUCCCACACAGUUCACACCGUCUGGGAAGUAAUUCCACAGAAACCAUAACAAUAACUCAGUUUCUCCCAGUCUUCCGGGUUCAACAGAACGAACUGACGUGCUGAUACCUGCAACGGCUGCUGACACACCUUCAGCACUGUUGUCUUUCACAGGACAGAGACGGGGGAAGGGAGAAGGGGGUGGAGGGAGGAUAUAUGAAACCUGACUUGUCCGAACUGGUUGUAGACGUGCUUUGUUGUUGCUAUGGAGACAAACAGGGGGGGGGGGGCUUGUGGGUAAGACAAACUGGGUGAGGCAGAAGGGAAGUAAGACGUAGAGUAAGCAAAUGUUUAAAGAUGAUCCCGUCCGCUUGUGAUGAGUAGGAAUACAGGUGAAAAAAAAAGGGGCCAUAUCAAUGUUUACAAAUCAAAAGCACUGUUGGUGAGUGAUUUCAAACAAAAGGUAACACAAAUUAAAUGAUCAGCUACCACCCUGUUCACAGCUGUUCUCUUUUGUGUUAACUUCAUUGUUCAUGAAGAUUUUUUGUUUUUACCCCAAGUUUCACAGAUUUUCUCAACUCAGACACGAGAGGAAUCUGACACCGUGUCCCUUAUAAUUUACCCCUUUGUUUAUUCAGUUAUCUAGAACCAGCCCUUGACAUUUUCAUGUGACUUAGGGAUAAAGGCUGUGGUGUUACUUUAGGGCCAUUCAAACUACAGCCUCCCAGUAUUUGUUGUGUACAUACUGCUUGUACUUGUUUUGAGCCAACUCAGAACCUGACAGACAGGUUGAGCACCAUGAGAACAAUCAGAAAUGACGAGCUUCCACUGAAAAAAAAAAAAAAGGGUACAGGCCGUGUUACCCAAACGUAUUCUAGUGUCAGUUGCUUGUUUACACGUUCACUUAUUCAUGCACAGAACUGGUAUACUAUAUAUAUAUACACACACACACACACACACACACCUUUAACAGAGACCCAAGAGCAUGGAUAUAGUGUACUUUCACACAAGAAAUAUACUUUCAGAGCAAACCCUAAUGUGACACACCUCUGAACACAAUCCACAAUUAUAGAUGGCCGAUACAUCUGCACAAAGGGUAGUUUAGUUUUGAGAAAUGUUUACUUCAGCUCAUUUAAAUGCAUGCCAAUAAGUUGGUGCCUACAACAGCUUUCUCUAGUUUCUUCCCUCAGAUUCACAACAACCAUGCAAAUCGAGCAACUUGGGUUUAAAAACAUUUUAUUAAAAACAUUUCACAGACAUUAGUAAGAAAGACACUGUACAAUCUAUGAUGUGGAAUUUAAACCAUUUAACAAGUCCUAAACAUUAAAACUGUACCAUGUGCCAGGCAUGUUAAAAAGCAGGUAUGUGGUACACCGAUAAGAAAGAAAACUUUACACAGUGUAUAAAUAAAACAAAAAAAAGUACCGGUAGAACAAAGUCGAUUGUUCCUUUAUGGUCAGGAUUUCUCAAGUAAAAAGACACCCCCCCACUAC